UCCUCCUCCCCCUUUUCCCGGCCCGACAUGCCGCUGGAUCACCGCCGGGUGCGGGGACCGGAGGAGUCGCAGCCCCCGGAGCUUUGGGGGACGGGCAGGAAGGAUGAUGAUGAGGAGGAAGAUGAAGCCCCGAGGGACCCCUGCGCCCUUCGGCCUCUCUUCGCCCGGGCUGGGCUACUGAGCCAGGCCGAGGGCUCGGCCUACGUGGAGCUGAGCGGUGGCACCAAGGUGCUGUGCGCCGCCUGGGGCCCGCGGGAGGCUGGCGAGGCCGGGGGGCCGGGGGGCGGCCAGCUCCUCUGCGAGUUCCGCCGGGCUCCCUUCGCCGGCCGCGGGGCUCGCUGGCGGCCGGGCACGGCGGCGGAGCGGGAAGCGGAGCGGGAGGCGGCGGCGGCUCUGCGGGAAGCCCUGGAGCCGGCGGUGCGGUUGUCCCGUUACCCGCGGGCCCGGCUGGCCGUCAGCGCUCUGCUGCUGCAGGACGGCGGCUCGGCCUUGGCCGCCGCCAUCAGCGCCGCCGCCAUGGCCCUGGCCGACGCCGGGGUGGAGAUGUACGACCUGGCGGUGGGAUGCGCCCUGUGCCGCCUCCCGGGGCCUUCUGCUCCCUGGAUGCUCCAGCCGGGAGAACCCGAGGAACGGCGCGCCGUGGCCCGGCUGACGGUGGCCCUGCUGCCCGCUCUCAAUCAGGUGUCAGCGGUGCUGGGGGGUGGGCAGGGCAGCCCCCCCGAGGCCUGGGCGCAGGCCCUGCGACUCGCCAUCGACGGCUGCCACCGCCUCUACCCUGUGCUGCGGCAGAGCCUGCUGCGGGCGGCCCGCCGCUGUGCUGCCACCACUGCCGCCGCCACUGCCACCACCGCUGCCACCACCACUGCCUGAGCGCUGAGGGUUGCUCGGGUGGCACUUGUCUGGGGAUGGGUUGUCUCCUGAAGGUGUCCUUGGUGGGGCUGAGACCCCCAGAGCUUGCCUUAUCCACAUGUCAUCCUCCUGGAGAACCUCUGGAGGGAGCCUGAUCCAUGCUUCAUGUUCCUGGAGACCCCCAGAGCCUGCCUGAUCCACACAUCAUCCUCCUGGAGAACCUCUGGAGCCUGUCUGGUCCACACUUCAUGCUCCUGGAGAACCUCUGGAGGCAGCCUGAUCCAUGCUUCAUGUUCCUGGAAACCCUCUGCAGCCUGUCUGAUCCAUGCUUCAUGCUCCUGGAGACCUCCUGGAGCCAGCCUGAUCCACACGUCAUGCUCCUGGAGACCCCCUGGGCUAGCCUGAUUCACGUCAUGCUCCAGGAGACCCCUUGGGCCAGCAUGAUCCACGCUUCAUGUUCCUGGAGACACCUGGACCCUUCCUUCUAGCACCGGGCAGGAGCCACACUGUGGCAGAUGCCCAUCCUUUGGACCUUAACCCAG